UUCCACCUCAGCCUACAGUACAGUCUCUUGUCAUGUAUAAUAUUAUACUGCGAUGUUCCUUUGAGUGGUGGUAGACCUGUUUUCAUCAAUUGGAUGAGGGGAGAGAGGGAGGUGGGGGUGGUGUAUCCAGGAAAGGAGAUGACAACAGUGGACCUGACUCCAGGAGGGACCAUAUGCUCUCUUCUCUCAACA